UGGGGCGAAGCUCGCUGCUCUCACCCUUCUUGGCGGAGCGGGGGCCGCAGCCAUCGCUACCUCUGACGAUCCCUCAAGCACUUUCAAGAUUUGCACUAUCGUUCCCCUUCACCUCAAAAGGAAAGGAACGGAAGGCCUUGGCCUAUACCCAUCCCUUUUUUUUCCUCGUCUCCUCGCUCGCCGGAGCUGCGAUCCCACGACGGGUGUGCCAUAUAAGGGCUAUUAUGUGGCAUGCUGGGGCGAAGCUGGCUGCCCUCACGCUUCUUGGCGGAGCAGGGGCCGCAGCCAUCGCUACCUCCGACGAUCCCUCAAGCAAUUUCAAGAUUGGCACUAUGGUUUCCCUUCGCCUCAUCCGCGACUCCAUCACCGCUGCUACCAUGGCCUUCGGAAUAUGUAGUUCCUCAAGAAUAUGUACAGUUUCCUCUUGUGAUCAAGUGCGAAGUGUAUUUGUGAAAGAGCUUGGGGAGCCACCAGAGAAAAAUUUGAUCCAAUUCCACUGGCAAGUGCUUCUCUUGCACAAGUUCAUUGCUGCUAAAACUCAUCAUGGCGAAAAGGUUGCCAUAAAGGUUGUCUUCUGAGCUAUGCAAGGGCUUAAUUAUGUUAAUGUCCGGGUUCAACAUACUCACUUGACGGAUACUGGCACCAUAGAUAUUGCUACUGUGGGUUUGGUAGCAAAUUUCUUGCACUGGUUCUUUCCUGCUUUUAAUUAUAGGUACUGCUUCAAAUGGUUAUUAUUGGUCCUUGUUCCAUUUCAGAAAUUAAAAGUUUCACUUGGAAUUUGACAUAUUUUCUAUAUUCUUACACAUCCAUGUUUGCUAUUCAUAUGCCUACUUAAAACUGGUUACUAGUACAUUUUUGGAUCAACAAGCAUGCCAUCUGAAUUUUGAAUGGUUCAUAUUCACUAGAUUCGUUGUGGGCUUGAUUGAAACUUUUAAAAAUACUUUAAAUGUUAUGCAUGCUAGUUGAUACAAAAUUGGCCAUGCUCCAUAGAUGCAACAUGUAGUUUUUCAAGGCAUCAGUCACUAAAAAAAUGCAGUAAGAUCAUGCUUCUUUUGUAGACAGAUCA